GCCCGCUCCCGCUCUCACUAGUCGAACGGUGCCCGACCGGUAACGUAGCGCCGACUGCCGAUCGAGAGACGAACAGCGACAAUGUCCGCCGUGGCGAAAACCUCCAAGUACACCUACCGCAGCAGCGGUGGCGGCACCACCGACGUCAACAUCGAGUACAGCGCCGACCUGAGUGCUCUCUCCAGGCUGGAGGACAAAAUCCGUCUCCUCCAAGAUGAUCUGGAAUCCGAAAGGGAGCUGCGUCAGAGGAUCGAGAGGGAGAAGGCAGAUUUAAGCGUGCAAGUUAUUCAACUAUCUGAAAGGCUGGAGGAAGCUGAAGGCGGAGCCGAAAGCCAGUUCGAGAUCAACAGGAAACGUGACACCGAACUGACCAAGCUCCGCAAACUCUUGGAAGAUGUCCACCUGGAGUCCGAGGAGACCGCCCACCUGCUUAAGAAGAAGCAUCAGGAGAUUGUCGUCGACUUCCAGGAGCAAAUCGACCAGCUUACCAAAGGCAAAGCCAGGGCUGAGAAGGAGAAGUCCAAGUUCCAAGCGGAAGUGUACGAGCUUUUGGCCCAAGUGGAGAACGUGACCAAGGAGAAGAUCACCAUCCAGAAGACCGUCGAGAGGCUCGAUAUCACCAUCUCUGAGCUGCACAUCAAGAUCGAGGAGCUGAACCGCACCAUUGUGGACAUUACCUCCCACAAGCAGCGCCUGUCUCAAGAGAACGUUGAGCUCAUCAAGGAAGUUCAAGACCUUAAGGUGAACAUUGAGAACGUGUCUUACCUUAAGAGCCAGCUCGCCAGCCAGCUCGAAGAUGCGCGCCGCAGGCUCGAGGAUGAGGACAGGAGGCGCUCGAUUCUCGAGGCCAACCUCCACCAGGUUGAAAUCGAUCUCGAGUCCGUCCGCGUCCAGCUUGAGGAGGAAUCCGAAGCCCGCUUGGACCUGGAACGGCAGCUUGUCAAGUCCAACGGCGAGCUGCUACACUGGAAGGCCAAAUUCGAGGCUGAGGCCGCCGCGCGCGCAGAAGAGAUCGAGGAGCUCCGCCGCAAGUACUCUGCCCGCAUCCAGGAGCAGGAAGAGCAGAUCGAGACCCUCAUCCAGAAGAUCAGCAACGUUGAGAAGCAGAAGUCCCGCCUGCAAAGCGAGGUGGAGGUUCUCAUCAUCGACCUCGAGAAGGCCAACGGUACUGCUCGGGAGCUGCAGAAGAGGACCGAGCAGCUGGAGCGUGUCAACAUUGAGAUCAAGUCGCGCCUCGAGGAGACGGUGCAGUUGUAUGAGCAGACGCAACGUGACCUGCGCAACAAGCAGACUGAAGUGCAGCGCAUCACGCACGAGCUCGACAAGACCCGCGAACAGAAGGACGCCCUUGGUCGCGAAAACAAGAAACUGGGUGAUGAACUGCACGACGCCCGCGCCAACCUCACCGAGUUGACCCGCCGUCUUCACGAGCUCGAGAUCGAGCUGCGCCGUCUUGAGAACGAGCGAGAGGAACUCACCGCCGCCUACAAGGAGGCUGAGGCCGGCCGCAAAGCUGAGGAGCAGCGCGCGAUGAGACUGGCCACCGAACUGGGCCAGUUCCGUCACGAGGCCGAGCGCCGCCUCCAAGAGAAGGAGGAAGAGAUCGAAGCCAUCCGCAAGCAGACCAGCAUCGAGAUCGAGCAGCUGAACGCUCGCGUGGUUGAGGCGGAGACCAAGUUGAAGACGGAGGUAACCCGUAUCAAGAAGAAGCUGCAGAUCCAGAUCACGGAGCUGGAGCUCUCUCUGGAUGUCGCCAACAAGACCAACAUUGACCUGCAGAAGACCAUCAAGAAGCAGUCUCUGCAGCUCACUGAGAUCCAGACCCACUACGAUGAAGUCCAGAGGCAACUCCAGGUUACACUGGACCAGUAUGGUGUUGCUCAGCGUAGGAUACAGUCGCUCACCGGCGAGGUCGAGGAGAUCCGUGGCAAUUACGAGCAGGCCCUUCGCGCCAAGCGCUCGGUGGAGCAAAUGUACGAAGAAUCGCAGACGCGCAUCAACGAGCUGACCGUUAUCAACGUGAACCUGUCCAGCAGCAAGGCCAAGAUCGAGCAGGAGUUGGCUGCCGUAGCCGCUGACUACGAUGAGAUCACUAAGGAGCUGCGUGUGUCAGACGAGAGAUACCAGCGUGUGCAGACUGAAUUGAAACACACCGUCGAGCACUUGCAUGAAGAACAGGAGAGGAUCGUCAAGAUCGAAGCCGUUAAGAAGUCCCUCGAGAUUGAAGUCAAGAACAUCUCUGUACGUCUGGAGGAAGUUGAAGCCAAUGCCAUUGUUGGUGGCAAGCGCAUCAUCAGCAAAUUGGAGGCUCGCAUCAAGGACAUGGAGCUUGAGAUGGACGAGGAGAAGAGGAGGCACGCGGAGACCAUCAAGAUCCUGCGCAAGAAAGAGCGUCAGCUCAAGGAGGUCAUAAUCCAAUGCGAGGAGGACCAGAAGAACAUCACUCUGCUCCAGGACUCCCUCGAGAAGACCUCCCAGAAGGUCAACAUCUACAAGAGGCAACUGGCGGAACAGGAGGGUAUGUCCCAGCAGAGCGUGACGCGAGUACGACGAUUCCAGCGCGAGCUGGAAGCGGCGGAAGACCGCGCCGAUGUCGCCGAGAGCAACCUGUCGCUCAUCCGCGCCAAGCACCGUACCUUCGUCACCACCUCCACUGUGCCCGGCUCCCAGGUCUAUCUAGUACAGGAGUCCCGCGCGCUCAGCACGGAGUGAGCACUCCCCCCGUCGCCCCGCCAAGCAUUUCUCUCACCAUCGGGGCUCAAUUCCGGUCGGGUAUAAGCCUAGUCGUUCGUUAACUGCCGCUACUCCCUGUGCAGCGCGGCCGCGCUUGCUCACACGUGCGUGGGCGCGGGCGCGGGGUGCGGGGAGUAACGGCCGGUGGUCGGGACGCGCGCUCAGUCCGCGGCUCGCCCUAAUGCCGUGUCUCCACACAAUGCCGCCCACCGACCGCGCGUCCCAGCCAUUUUUACGAGUUUACUAAAACCAAAUAAAGGAACCAAAAACUCAUCAAGCUUUUUUUUUCAAUAUUUUAAUCUAAGGUCACCGGGCGCUAUGAAUACAAUGUCGUUAUGUACCGUAAUUUAGGUGCAGUAGUUUAAAAUAAAAGAAAUAUUUUAUAUUAUUAUUUAUUAAUGGUGCAAUAUCUAUUGUACGUUUGUAACUGUAACUUGUAAUAAUUUUAAAAAUAAAUGCUAUUUAUGUUAAAGAAACAAAAAAAGCAAUAAAAGUUCAAAAAGA